UAAUUUAUGUCAGUUUUAAAAUUUAAAUCUAGAAAUUAUAACAAAAUAAACUGGCAGCCCUAGCAGCGUUUUAUCUGUGUUUCAAAUAUAGAAAAAAUAGAACGGCAAUGUAUACCAGUUUUAAAUUUGACAGUAGAACUGGUCGAAAAAAUAAAACUAAAACGGAUUGCUGGGGAUACGUUUGUUUCAGUUUCAUUUACAUUAUAGACCACCCAUAUGAAUCUUGCAGCUGUUGAAUUUGCUCUAAGAAAGUGCACAAAAACAACACAAAUUUGUUGCUUCAAAUUAUGGACGAAAACAAUGAAAUCUGUCGAUUUUGUCUCAAAUCUACCGCACUUACUGAAAGUAUUUCGAUUAACAAUGCUGAGUUUCGUUUAAGAUUUGAGGCUGUGUUCAAUUUCAACAUAACUGCUGAAGAAUUACUACCAUCUCUCGUUUGUAAGAACUGCCGAAACAGAUUAAUCGAAUUUUAUAACUUUCAUGAAACUGUUCGAAUCAACCAAAUAGAGUUGGGAAGUAAACUUGCCAAUGAUCACAAACAGUCAGGGAUUGAAGAUGUCAAAAUAAAACAGGAUCCAACGUGUGAUCAAAACAAUCUCGAAAGUGUGGUUUGGUUAAUGGAACGGCAAACAUAUGAUACAGAAGACGUAAAACAGGAGAACUCUGAGACUGUACUAGAAUUUGCAGUCGAGCUGAAUGAUCCGGAUACGAGUACAGAUAGUAAAAAAUCUUCUAAACAUAUAGACGAGAAUGCAAGAAUCCAAGAAGAGAGACGCGAAUCCGAAAGCCAAGAAGAGAGAGUGAAGAGAUACGAUGAUGAAAAUCGAAAAAUUUCAGAAUUUUUCAAAAUGACUUGUGAGUACUGCUCGGAGACUGCAGAAACUUUUGGUCGAUUACAGACGCAUUGUCGAAAAGCUCACGAUAAAAGAGCAGGAGUGAAAUGCUGUGAUCGAACUUUUUAUGUUAAAUCUAGAAUAAUUGAACACAUAAAUUCCCAUCAAAAUCCGAAGCGAUUUUACUGCGAAAUUUGCCAAAAAUAUUAUAACAGUAAAGAGUAUCUCGCGUUACACAGACUAAAGAAGCACAGCAAAACUGAAGAUAAUUCCUUUAGAUGCGACAAAUGUGGCAAAAAUUUUCCCCAGCAGGGACUAUUAAACGCGCAUCUGAAAGCUCACAUUCAAACUAAAUGUACCGUUUGUAAUCUAACGCUGGCUAAUAAUUCUCUGAAAAUGCAUAUGCUAAGGCAUACUGACAUGAAAUAUAUUUGCGACACAUGCGGAAAAGAAUUUCGUAGUAAAAUAACAUUAGAACUGCACGUAAAGCGGCACAUGGGUAUUGAUCCCGUCGACCGACUGCAGUGCCACAUCUGCAGCCGCUGGAUGCUGUGUAAGCGCAACCUGCAGAUACACAUGGAAACGGUUCAUUGUGACAAGAAUCGACAGUUCUCGUGUAACAUAUGCCCUAAGAAGUACCACAAUGAGCGAGCCUUGAGGGUUCACAAAAGUACAGUUCACGUGGAGAAAAAAUUCGAAUGUGAUUUUUGUGGAAAAAAGUUCAAACGUAGUAAACAUUUAAAGGAACACCGAGCAUCGCAUACGGGCGAAACGCUGUACUUCUGCGAUGUAUGCGGUAUGACUUUCAAUUCAAACGGAAAUUUGUACUCGCACAAGAAAAACAAACAUCCAGAGGAAUGGUUGAAGGCGAAGAAGAAAGCUAUGGAAGCGGAUUAUGCUGUAAUGCCAUUGCUAUAGACGGGUGUGCCGAGCACGACGCACGACUACAACAAAUUUUUCGGCAUUGUAACUUUGCUAUCGUUCAUAUACCUUCAAUGUAAUAGAUUAUUAAAAAAUGUAACCUGAACAUAGAUUCUCAAUGGACAAACAUUUGCUGAUUUUCUGUAUGCACCUAUGUCAUUUUGGACCAUGUUUCUAUCGUACCAUUAUUUUAAGCAAAUAUUCCAUUCUUGUCUUUCUUUAUCGGCCUUGAUCUCCUAAUGUUGCUUUUCCGUAUAACCGCGGGUGCUUCCUACAAUGCACAACGUGAGCCGUUAUGUUUGCCAAUUGCAUAUGAGUUCUGGGAGUUCGAUCUCAUCUCGUUGCCUCAGUUGUGUGCAAAUCUAUAUACAGAAACAGAAGGUCACGCUUCUAGAGAUCUCUCCCACAGCACCUUAUGUAUCCGAAUUGCUCAUAAACCAUUCGAAGAACGUCUCACAUCUCAUCACCGACGGGCAACGUGAUUCUCGAUCUUUAAAAAAAAUUUCUCAAAUCAAAAUUCGUUAUAUAAUCCAAUAAAUAUUUCAAGAACAGUAUAAAUCAAACUCUAAUUAAAUCAAUAUUUGAAGAAUAUACAAAGUUGGAAGAAGAUCCACUUUUUUAUCGGAAAACUGUGUUCAGCGACAAAGCUCAUUUCUGGAUGAAUGGAUACGUCAACAAACAAAAUUGCCGCAGUGAUGACCAACCAAAAGCAAUGAAAGAACUACCAAUGCAUCCAUAAACAGUCACUGUUUGGUGUGGAUUUUGAGCCGGUGGCAUUAUCCGUGAAAUAAUGGCCGAUAUGUUGAAGAGCAAGUGCCAAAAUUGGACCUUGUGUACGGGCAAUCUAAAGCCGCGUCGCGGCUCCGCCAACAUUUGA